CGAGAGAGGUCGCCGCCGUCGGCACGUUGCGGCGCGGCCGCGGAGUGUGAUGCGAGCGCGCCGCCCGCCAUGGCCACGCUCGGCCUAUCCAAGGUGUUCAUACUGGACAAGUACUUCACUGAGCUGCAAAAGUUUUGGGAGACGGAGAAAAAGUUGCAAGACGCGUCGUCGUCUAACGAAGCGGUGCACCUGCAGCGGCGGCUGCUGAGCCUCAGCUCGGAGCUGGUGACGCUGCGCAACCACCUGCACGUGGGCGCCCCCGCCGCCGCCCCGCAGCCCGCCGUGCCGCCGCGCGCGCCCCUCUCCCUGCCCCCGCCGCCCGCGCCCCCCGCGCCCGCCGCGCCCACCGCACAGCCCCCGCCCGCCGCGCCCGCGCCGGACGUCGACGACCUCAUCCACCUGCGCGGCCCGCUCACUGAGGACGCCGUGGUGCGCGCGCUGCAGGCCCGCUUCUACCAGAACAAGUUCUACACGUCGGUGGGCCCGAUCGUGGUGGCGCUAAAUGCGUACACGGACGUGGGCAACGCGCUGACGCCGGGCGCUGCCGGGGGGGCGGGCGCGGCGCGGGGCGGCGGGGAGCUGGCGCGGCUGGUGGCGGACGCGGUGCGGCACCAGGCGGACACGGGAUGCCCGCAGGCGGUGGUGCUGUCGGGCGCGGCGGGCUCGGGCAAGACGCACGCCGCCAUGGAGCUGCUGCGGCGGCUGUUCGACGUGGCGGGCGGCGGGCCGGAGACGGACGCCUUCAAGCACCUCGCGGCCGCGUUCACCGUGCUGCGCUCGCUCGGCACGGCCGCAACGCUCGCCAACUCGCACUCGAGCCGCAUCGGCCACUUCAUCGAGGUGCAGGUGACGGACGGCGCGCUCUACCGCACCAAGAUCCACUGCUACUUCCUGGACCAGACGCGCGUGGUGCGGCCGCCGGCGCGUGAGCGCAACUACCACAUCUUCUACCAGCUGCUGGCCGGCCUCGGCGCCGAGGAGCGCGCGCAGCUGCACCUGGACGGCCGCACGCCGCAGGACUUCAGGUACCUCGCGUGCGCGUCGGGGUGGCGCGCGGAGGCGGAGGAGGCGGCGCGGUUCGCGGCGUGGAAGGGCUGCCUGGGCGUGCUGGGCAUCCCCUUCGCGGACGUACUGCGCGUGCUCGCCGCCGUACUGCUGCUCGGCAACGUCACCUUCGUCGACAACGCCGACGGCGCCGCCGAGCCCAACGGCGACACGGAGCUGUCGCUGGCGGGGUCGUUGCUGGGUGUGGGCGUGGCUUCGCUGGCGCGGGGUCUGGGCGGGCGCGGGCGGCGGGGCGUGGGCGGCGCGGUGCGGGCGCCAGCAACGGCGGCGGCGGCGGCGGUGGCCCGGGACGCGCUCGCCAAGGCCCUGUACUGCCGCACCGUGGCCACCAUCGUGCGCCGCGCCAACUCGCUCAAGCGCCUCGGCUCCACCCUCGGCACGCUGUCCUCCGACUCCAACGAAUCGGUGCACCACGACGCGGUGUCGCGGCGCACGUCGACGACGGCGAGCAGCGCGGGGGGCGCGGGCGGGGGGGCGCGCGGGCGCGGGGCGGCCGGCGCGCGCUCAAUGGCCGCGCUCAACGACGCCGUGCGCCACGCCACCGACGGCUUCGUCGGCAUUCUCGACAUGUUCGGCUUCGAGGACGCCGCGCCCUCGCGCCUCGAGCACUUGUGCGCCAACCUGUGCGCCGAGACCAUGCAGCACUUCUACAACACGCACGUGUUCAAGUCCUCGGCCGAGUCGUGCCGCGAGGAGGGCGUGACCGGCGCGCCCGAGGUGGAGUACGCGGACAACGUGCCGUGCAUCGACCUCGUGUCGUCGCUGCGCAGCGGGCUGCUGGCGGCGCUGGACGCCGAGUGCGCCGCGCCCGCCGCCGCCGCCGCGCCCGAUCAGUACGUGGCCCGCGUCCGCGCCGCGCACCGCGCGCACCCGCGCCUGGCGGAAGCGCGGCCGCCACACGCGCGCCGCUUCGUCGUGCGCCACUACGCCGGCGACGUCACGUACGACGCCGGCGACUUCCUGGAGGCCAACCGCGACGUCGUGCCCGACGACCUCGUCGCCGUCUUCGACACCCGGGCGUGCGAUUUCGGCUUCGCGACGCACCUCUUCGGCACGGAGCUCAAGAUCCUGGCGGCGGGCGGCGGGCCGACGGGCGCGGCGUUCCGGGCGUCGCCGACGGCGGGCGCGGGCGCGGGUUCGACGCUGACGCAGGACUUCCACACGCGGCUGGACAACCUGCUGCGCACGCUGGUCCACGCGCGCCCGCACUUCGUGCGCUGCCUGCGCGCCAACGCCACCGAGACGCCGCUGCACUUCGACCGCGCCACCGUCGCCCGACAGGUGCGCGCGCUGCAGAUCCUGGAGACGGCGCAGCUGAUGGCUAGCGGCUACCCGCACCGCAUGCGGUUCCGCGCGUUCGCCGGCCGCUACCGCGCGCUGUGGGUGCGCGGCGCGGCGGGCGGCGCGGCGGGCGGCGCGGCGGGCGGCGCGGCGGGCGGCGAGCGCGACAGUGGCGCGGCGUGCGCGCGCGUGCUGCGGGCCGUCGCCGCCGCCGCCGCGCCGCCCGCGCCCGCCUCGCCCGCCGCCGUGCGCUGGGCCCUCGGCAAGCGACACGUCUUCCUCAGCGAGGGCAUGCGCCAGGUUCUGGAGCGCAUGCGGCGCGCUCGGCAGCAGGCGGCGGCGCAGCUGAUCCAGGCGGCGUGGCGGCGGCACCGCGCGCGGUCGCGCACGCCGGUCGCGCGCCCGCGCCCGCAGCCCAUCGCCGGCACGCCGCCGCCCGACCCCGCCGACAAGUGUGACCCCACGCUCGUCAAGCGCACCUGCUCGCUGUUCGGCCUGGACCUGGAGCGACCGCCGCCGCUCCCGCCGCCGCGCGCGUACACGGUGGCGCACGGCGUGAAGCUGGGCUACCCGCAGCAGCGGCGCGUGGCACGCGACUGGGAGGAGGGCGGCGUGCGGCUGCGCGCGGGCGACACGGUGCUGGCGCUGGGCGCGGCGCGGCGCGGCCACGUGGCCGUUCAGGCGGGCGCGCGCACCGCCUCCGUGCCGCACUCCGUGCUGGCCCCGCCCCGGGCGCCCCGUCCCGCCCCUCCGCCGCCCCCCGCGCCACCUGCGACCGCCCCGGCCUCUGCGCCCACCUGA